AUGAAUAUUUGGAUUGAAAAAUGGAUUAAAAUAUAUUUAAAAUGCUUUAUCAAUUUGAUUCUAUACCAGCGUAAUGUGUAUCCAGCUGCCUCGUUUGAUUUAACCACAUAUCAGGCUUUUAACUUGCCUCAAUAUAUUCCCGUGAAUAGACACCCUCAACUGCAGCAAUACAUCGAAGAGUUGAUAUUAGAUUUAUUGGGUAAACUUUUACACAUAUACGGUGUCAGUCUCUGUAUUAUUGCAAAGGAUACAGGAAUAUGUAUUGAGAGGUACGUACUAAGAUUUGAUGAAUUUGAACAUGUCGAUGAUGUGGGGAUCCUUUCAGAAACAGAGGUAUUUGAUGAAUUUAGAUCAAGUUUGAACAGCCUUACGGCGCACUUAGAGAAGCAGCCACCGAUUAGAGAUGAUACCGUUACUUUUGAAAUCAUUAUAAACACUUUGGAGAUGCAACUGGGCCAUAAACCAAGAGAAAUGGAGUCUAUAAGAACCCAAGAUGAUCAAUUGACAUUUGAUCGUGAUGUAAAUUGGACCAAGUGUGAGGAGGAUGAAGGUUUACCCGAUCCUGAGAAGAGUAAAGGAAUUUACAGGCCAAAGAUUAAGAUGACAUCGUUGGUUGGUUGUGAUGUGGGGCCACUAGUGAUACGACAUCAUUCUGAAAGGUUGAUUGUCACGGAUGAUACUUUGGAUAAAAUUUAUACAAGUACUCAGGAGAGUAGUUUACAAUCUCUACCACUUUAG